AUGUCGCAACAGCAGGAUGAUAAUGUGAUGCGAAGGAAGCUCGUGAUUAUUGGCGAUGGUGCAUGUGGAAAGACCAGUUUGCUUAGCGUCUUCACCCUCGGCUACUUCCCAACUGUACCAACGGUAUUCGAGAACUACGUGACCGAUUGCCGUGUCGAUGGCCGCUCCGUUCAAUUGGCUCUCUGGGAUACAGCAGGUCAAGAAGACUAUGAGCGCUUGCGACCAUUGGCCUACUCGAAAGCCCACGUCCUUCUGAUUGGGUUUGCUGUGGAUACCCCAGAUUCAUUGGAGAACGUUAAACACAAGUGGAUCGACGAAGCAAACGAGCGAUGCCCCGGUGUGCCGAUCCUUUUGGUUGGUCUGAAGAAGGACCUCCGUGAAGACCCAUUAGCAAUCGAAGAGAUGCGCAAAAAGUCACUCAAGUUCGUGACAACAAAAGAAGGCAACGAUAUCGCCGCGUCGGUCGGGGCUCGCAAAUAUCUUGAAUGCUCCUCGCUGACGGGCGAGGGUGUUGACGAUGUAUUCGAAGCAGCUACCCGUGCUGCAUUGCUCACGUUCGAGAAGCGGAAAUCGUCUUGCUGUGUGGUUAUCUGA